UCCUUUUUUUUUUGUUUUUUUUUUUUUUUGCAGGGGGGUGUCUUGUUUUGUUUUCUUCUUUUAGAUUCCUGUGGAGACAAUUCCAUUCCAGCCUUGUUUCAAUAAGCAGAAUUUUUCAGAUCAGGCCCAAUUCCCUUGUGCUGUUCUGUAAGACAGUAUGGACAGUGUGCUCUGCUGCUCAUAGAAUCAUUAAGGUUGGAAAAGACCUUCAAGAUCAUCAACCAUUAACCAUGUUAAUGUCAAUCAUGUUGUAGUUUCUGCAGUGUUGAAUAUACUGUGCCAACAAGGAAUCUAAAAGUGGUGCUAAAUGGUUUGGAAGACCUUUUCCUAGAACUUGGUUGUUGAAGUUAUUGCUCCUCCUAAAUAGUAUGCAUAUGGGUGUACUAUCUUCCAGUCCAGCUGUCAACUCUUUUCCUGAUUUCUGUUGUUGUUGUUGUUUGUUUUUGAGGAGUGGAGCAGGGGGAAAGGGGGAAGUGGUUUUCUUAGCAUUCAUUCAACAGAGCAAUGUUCUUAUUAUCCUGGCUUCAUAAGGUCAUAAACAUUGAACAACAUUGGUGGCUUUUAAAGGGUCUGCAAACAUUGGGUACAUUAAUUAGUCAUGAACCUGAGUCAGUUGGCUAAUUUCUGCCAAUGUUGAUUUUACAAAAUCUUUGUAGCAUGGAAUAACUGAUUAAGAAUAAUUCUUAGCUGCCUAAUGUUUCUGGUACUUCAACAAGGAUGUUGGUGUUUCGUUUGUCAGUGAUGAUCAAGCUUGUCUUCCAGUUGGAUGCAUCUAUUUGUCCUGAGAAGUGUGACUGCUCUUCAAAAAAAGCAAUUUAUUGCUCUGGCCCCCACAUAAGAAACCUGGAAUUAUUAAAUCUGCCUUGCAACAUGACAGAAAUACACAUAACAAAUGCUAACAUAUCAUACUUGCAGGAUGUUUUUGCUAGGAUGACAGAGCUGCAGCAUCUCAUCCUGUCUUCAAACAACAUCUCUCUGGUUUCACCAACGGCUUUUAAAGGCUUGGGAAGGCUAAAAGUCCUCAAACUGCUAGAUAAUAAGCUGGUUGAACUUCCUUCAGAAGCAUUUGAUGACAUGGUGCAGCUUCAGCAAUUGAUCAUUGAAAGUAACAGGUUGAAAUCUAUUGAGGAAAAUCUGUUUGACAAGCUGGCUGGUUUGCAGGAGCUUUACUUGAACAAAAACCAACUAACAGCACUUCCCAGUGGCAUGAUGAAGAAACUCACCAAACUCAGAGUACUGAACUUGUCAAGAAAUUACUUAGCAGCACUGCCUAGAAAUAUAUUUAGUGCAUUAGCCAGGCUUGAGAGGCUGAUGCUGUAUAUUAAUAGGCUGUCUUCAAUAGAGUCUGGUAUGUUUGAUAGCCUGAAGGAGCUGCAGGAGCUUUUCCUGCAUUCCAAUAAUAUCCAUUCCAUUGCUUCUGAUGCAUUUCACUGUCUUCGUAAACUAAGAACCCUGACACUCUCCAGAAACAGGCUUCAGGUUUUGCCUUCUGGCCUUUUUUUGCACUUACAUGACCUGUCUAAACUGACCUUGUACAGGAACCCACUGAAGACUCUUCCAGAAAUACUGUUUGGAGAGAUGAGGCAUCUUGGUAGCCUUUGGCUGUACCACACAAAGCUCUCAACAAUACCAGAUUUUGUGUUCAGUAACUUGACAAAUUUAGAGCUUCUUGUGCUGAGUUUUAACCCAGAGCUUACUGUUCUUCCUAGGAAUGUAUUCAGUGGCCUGAAUGAGCUGCGGGGCCUUUCUCUCCAUACAAGUAAUAUUUCCAGUUUGCCAGAGGGAAUCUUUCUGAGCCUUCAGAAACUGCAGAACAUUUCCCUCUUUGAUACAAGGCUUGAGGUUCUUCCUAGAAACCUCUUUCAUAAUCUCAAGCACCUCCAGAAAGUUUACCUGAAUAGUACUAACCUACAGUCUCUCCCUGCAGACUUCUUUACUGCUUUACCUGAGCUGGAAGAAGUUGUCCUUGAUGACAACCCUUGGAAAUGCGAUUGCCAAAUUCUUGGCUUUCGAGAAUGGCUCCAAAAGAGCACAGCAAUAGUUAAAAACGUGCCAUCUCUGAUGUGCCACAGCCCAAUGGCACUGCAGAAUAUUUCUCUUGUGUCUCUAAGCAUCGAUGACCCAGAGUGCCUGCCAACCACAGCUAUGACCUAUCAGACAUUCAGCUCAACUUAUUCCCAGACUUUGACAUCUCCUGUGGCGUAUCACUUCACAUCAUCUCGGGAGACUGCUGUAACAGUGCUGUCUGACAUGGAAAUCACCAGCACACCCACAUCAAUUCUUCCUGCAAUUCCAGGUUUUACCUACUCCCAUGUUGAAGAUGUUGGACAACCUGGGUUACAUUUCUCAGAUGUUUCAGUCCAAACUUCUCCCAGCAUCAUAGCACGAACCAACAGUGUCAGAGGGACAGAUUUAACUACUCUUGUCUGGUGGGAUGAAUUUCCAGCCCACAGCAGUGCUAAACCCUAUUUUAAUACCAGAGUUACUUAUUGCCAGCUAUUCUUGUGUGUUCACAGUUUGAUUUUAACACUCCAGACUGUAGUCAUUGUACUCAGUCUGUAUGUGAUGGGUAACACCAGGCAACUCUUGCACUCCAGAAAUAUUUCUGCUCAGCCUGUAGUUCUGAUAAGAAUAUUAAGAAGAUAGAGAAAUCUAGCCCAAGAAAGAACUGGAAGUGUUGCUUUGGAUGCUUUUUUGAACAUUUGAGCAGUUAAUACUCGAUUCAGAUCUGGAUUACAGCUCUUCAUAGCAAAGACCAUAAGGACCUUGUC